AGAAUUACAGGAUUAAGACAUUGUCUACCAUUUCAUAUUUCUCCUAAAAUUAUAGAAAGAAGGAAACAAUUUUGGGAUCAGUUUUUUGAAAAAUAUAUAGACCAAACAUCAGAUACAACUGAAUUUAAAAUUGUUCUUAAAAAAGAACCUGUAUAUAAUAAAUCAUUAGAUGUAAUACAAUAUUGGGUAGAUACAGGCUAUCUACCUUAUACAAAAUUUCGUAUGGAUGAAAACAAACAGUCGGAUAUAGGUUCCCUAAUAACUGCAAAGUGUAUAAGCUCAUCACCUUCAAGCUGUAAUAACUCUUCUAGUAGCUCUGUUGAUACUGCUGCUUAUAUUUUAUCAAAUAUGAAUACAACUAAUAAAGCAGAAACUAUGGCUAUUGUAGAAGGAGCAAAAGAUGAUAAAUUAAUAAUUUCUCAGAAUACACAAAAUACGAAAAUAACAGAACCUACUAUAGAUAAAGUACUUGAAAGCAGCACUGAAAAUAUUGUUGUGCAGAGAAAUUUAGAUGCAAAUGUUAAUAAAGAUAUAUUGUCAAAUACAGUUCAUAAAUUAACAGAUGAUAAAUUAAUUGAUAACAAUACACCUAAUUAUAAUAAAUUGAUGGAUGAGAGACUAAUGUAUGCAUUUGAUGACAGUAUAAAAACAAACUCUUACAUUAAACAAAAUUUAUUAAAUAUGAAUUUAUCGCAUAUUAAAAGAACUUCCUUAUCAAAAGAAAAUUUUGUAUUAGAUAAUAGCAUAAGAAAAUCAGGACAUCACAAGAAGUUAUAUAAUAGUGAAGAUUCACCUGUUGAUGUUAUUGAAAUGAGCAGUAAUAACAGAAGUAUAAUAUCUAAGUUAAAACAAAAUUUACAUCCUGCAUUAGGUUUUGGAUGUAAGUUAUCAAGGAAAAGUAAAAUGAAUAAAAAAAGAAGGACAACACAAUUUUCUAUAAUUAGUAAAAACUUAAUGAAUAUUAGCCAAUUUAGUAUAACAAGUCAUAACAGAAGUAAACCGGAAAAAAAUAAAAGUCUUGUUACAAAUAACAAUAUUAUAAAUAACAGUAUCAUAGAUCAACAUUUAGUAAAAUGUAACACUGAUCAAUAUAUGAAUAGAUUUGUACCAAUUAAUGAAUCUACAAAUAAGCAAGACAACCUUAAUAAGUCAGUACAUCAUGUAGAUAAGACAGACAUAAAAAAAUAUAAAAAAUCAAAUGAUAUAAAACCAAAAUUCAAAAAUUUGAAUCCAAUUGUUUAUUUAACGCAAUUAUCAAAAGAUGAUAUUAAAACACAUAAGAAAUCAAAAAUAUUGAUGAACAAUCGUAGGAAAAUAAAUACAAUUCAAUUAUCAAAACGUAAUAUGUUGACUCGAAGACAGAAAAAGCUAAAUAAGGUGACAGAUCUAACGAAUUCGAAUUCAACUAUUCGUUUCGACAAAGCCGAUAUUCAAGGAUAUAAAAGACCAAAUAGUACGGUAAUGUUAAAUUUAAAUCCAUUAGUUCAUUUAAAACGAUUAUCAGAAUUUGAAAUUAAAAAUUUUAAAAUUUUAAAUGCAAGAGUUUUGCUAAACAGACUAUCAAAAUUUGAUAUUGAAAGAUAUACAAAUGUCAAUAACAACAAAGUAAUAAGUAAAGGUGAUAUAUUGCCAACAUUUAUUCAAAUGCAAGAUAAUAAUGUAAAUAUCAAUGAUCAUACAGGUUUUAGUGCAUCAAAUUGUUCAAAUGCUUCAUUAAGUAUUAUCAACUUAGCGAAUGAAGAUACCACUAGUGACCAAAGCACUCUCUUAAUGAGAAAAUGUGAUAGUAUUUUAUUUGAUAACUCUUCUGCAGAUAAUUUAUCUGUAUUUUCAAAAUGUAGUUCACAACUUUAUUCUAUGACUACAAAAGCUGAUAACGUAUUAGAAACAAAAAAAAGAUUUAAUGAAAAAGGAAAAGAAUCAGAUAAAAUAGAAAGUAUGAUUGAUAAACAUAAAUCAAAAGUUGAUACAGAGGAAAACUAUAAUACAAGAAAUAGAAAACUUAGGACAGAUGGAAAUAAUAAUAAAAAGAAACCACAUACUAUACUUGUAUCUGACGAUGAUGAUGAAUUUGUGAAACUUUUACAUUGUUCAAAAGAUAUGCAGAAAUUAAAACUAAAACAACGUUACAAGGAGUUUUAUAAAAAUUUUAAUAGCCCAGUAAAAAAAACAGAAGAUAUAGGAAAAUGUAACAAUACAAAUUCAAGUAUUUUAUUAGAUCAAACACUUCCUAAGUCGAUUGUUGAAAAAAAGGAAGGAGAUCCGUAUCCAUCAAAAAAUAAGAAAUUUUUACAAGCAUGUAAUUUAUCAAUGGAAGAAGAUAAUCAAACUAAAACAAAAUUAUUGUCUAAUAUGAAUCUUAUACAAAAUAGAAAUAGAUUUCGUCUAAAUCAUUUGUGCUACAAAACAAAAAUUAUUGAGUCUGAUACUGAGUCAAAAUCCUAA